UCGAGGCCAUUGCUAGCUAGAGGUGGGGACCGGGCCUGCAGGGGGCUGCGGCACACAGGUGCGGGAGCCGGGACGGUUUCCAGUGCAGCUUGGCCUCCCGGAGCCCACCGAUCGGCAUCUCAUCCUUUCUUCCAUUUGCACCCAGUUAUCUUCAGUAUGGGGGAACAGAGCCACUCUUCUGGGAAGGAGCUUCAGCACAGGACACGAAUAGAAGCUCCAGGAAAAAAAUCUUGGCACACCCAAGCCUAUGCCCUUGGGGCUGUUUCCAAUUUUAUGUCUACUUUCCUGACUUUUCCUAUCUAUAAAGUUGUAUUCCGGCAACAGAUCCAUGCUGUAGCAGUAUCAGAGGCUGUGCGAAUGCUUUGGCAUGAAGGCCCUAAGUACUUCUACCGGGGAAUCUACCCACCACUUCUCUCCAAGACAUUGCAAGGGACUCUUCUGUUUGGGACUUAUGAUAGUAUGUUAUGCUCUCUCUCCCCUGUUGGACCACACUCCCUGGGACACCGAUGGGCUGCAGGGCUCAUGUCUGGUGUGGUGGAGGCUGUGGCACUCAGCCCAUUUGAAAGAGUGCAAAAUGUGCUCCAAGAUGGUCGUAAACAAGCCCGCUUCCCCAGCACCGCCAGCAUUCUCAAGGAAUUCAACUCUUAUGGGCUUUGGGGGCAGCUGUCACUGGGUUACUACCGUGGUUUCUGGCCUGUCCUCGUCAGAAACAGCCUAGGGAGUGCUCUGUAUUUCUCCUUUAAGGACCCUAUCCAGGAUGGCUUGGCAAAGCAAGGCCUGCCUCAUUGGGUUCCUGCUUUGGUAUCUGGAAGUGUCAAUGGAACAAUUACCUGCCUAAUUCUGUAUCCUCUUAUUGUGUUGGUUGCCAACAUGCAGUCUCAUAUUGGCUGGCAGAGUAUGCCAAGCCUGUGGGCCACAGCUCAGGAUGUGUGGGACAGUCGAGGUCGGAAGGUACUCCCAAUUUACCGUGGUGGCUCCCUGGUCAUUCUAAGGUCCAGUGUAACAUGGGGUCUCACUACUGCUAUCCAUGACUUCUUGCAGAGGAGAGCUCAUUCUAAGAAAGAGCUGUGAGACAUUCUAGCUAUAAUAUUCAUGGUCCUGAAAACCUUCAUAGGUUUGUCUAAAUAGUUUACUCUUUUGAUUUGGGCACCUAAUUCUUUAGUCUCUUUUAAUUGUCAGUGCACAGAAGAAAUUCCCAACUACCCUUCUGGUUGGGCACAGACAAAGUUCAUAAGCUUCCUUCACCUGAAAGAGAAUGUUACUUCAAUCUAUUCAUAGCUUCAAUAGCCUCAGGAACCAGAGGCCUUUUAACAUUUAAUUCAGAUAAAAUAUUUAUUCCUUUAAGGAAUUCCUAAGAAGAAAUUCCAGAGGAAUCUCUAUAAUAAUUCAGAGAAAACUUUAAAUGAGCAUCUGAGUACUGGGAGUUAUCAGAUAACAGAUAUUAGCCCUAGAGUUAUCAGAGUACACUAUGCAGAGAACCAAGAACAUUUUAAAAAAGACCCAAGUUUGACCUAAAAUUGGAAAUCCAUAAAACAUCUCAGAUGGGUACAUUUUAUAAUGAAUUUCAAUAGUCCUACCACCACCACUCUCAGUUUUACUGAUAAACUGAAAGAAAUAGUGAGGCUGGAGGCAGAAGUGAGAAGAGGUAUGGCCUCUGAAUGAAUAGAAAUAAUAGAUUUUGAGAAAAGAGAUUUAAUUAAUUACAAAACAGAAAAACUUAGAAUGAGUUACUUGGUACUGGGACCAGGCAUAUAUAUAUAUAGAGAGAGAGGGAUAUUUUUG